ACGUUUGACGUUUUUAAAAAAUGCAAAAACAUUGCAUGGCUUACGACAUGUCAUUGUCAUAAUGAUUACAUUACGUAGGUCCUGACUGAGGCAAUAUUAUACAAAUCGAGUGUAAUAGGAAAACUUUAGGUAUUAUUAGGAAGAAGAUAUAAAACGCUAUAGUGUCAGUGCAACACGUCAGUCUUAAGAUAAAUAUUCAUAAUAAAUAAUCUCGUUCACAACCAUUGUUAUCAAAUAAACAUUGUUCGUUGAGGUUAUUAUUGUACUUACGUUGUGUGAUAAAAGUGUUUAUUUUUGUUUGCGGUAGUAAAGUAAAAUAUAAAUAAAAUAAAAUAUUAUGGAAUUUCCUACGAGUUAUAAGUUGUGUGCUGCGACCGCCGCACUGGCUGUGGGCUGUACUUUUUCCUACAUUGCUUACAAACGCAGAGGAAGAGUACGCAAUGCAAACGAUGUAUUUAAUUAUUUGACUGUCGAAAUUGUGACUACUGAAGAAUCUUGCGACUCUGUUGUUGCUGAGUUGAAAAGGAGAUGUCAGAAACACCAUGCCUUAGGAUUUGACUGUGAAUGGGUCACAAAUAAUGGAAAGCGUCAACCUGUGGCAUUAGUUCAGCUAUCUUCCUUCGAUGGCUACUGUGGCCUGUUCAGGUUAAAUACAUUAAAGGCAGUACCUUUAUCUUUAAAAGAACUACUAGAAGAUGAGAGCAUUUAUAAAGUAGGUGUAGGACCCAAAGAUGACAGCAAAUACUUGCAUAACGAUUACUCUGUGGAACUGAGGUCUUCGCUGGAUAUUAGACAUUUAGCCGAGUACUGUGGCUAUGAACCUGGAGGCCUGGCCACGUUAAGCUCCGCUCUCCUACGAGCCGCUUUGGACAAGAGUUGGAGGGUCCGUUGCAGUGACUGGGAAGCUGAAGAGUUAUCAGAAAGACAAAAGAAGUACGCAGCGAUCGAUGCUCACGUAGCUAUCAAACUGUUCGCCCUGUUACUAGAGAAGGUUGAAGAGACCUAUUCAAGUUAUUGGGAGCUUAACUAUAAUCCUGCAAGAGUUUGGACUCGUUUAUACGAGUAUUGCUCGAAGUAUGCUGAUGUUGGAUAUAAAACUAAACAUACUAUCAAAUUGAAGGACCAUGCAAAAGAAAAAGACCCAAAGAUUAAGGAACCUACAAAGAGGUAUAAGCUCACAAAACGUACGCGACCUUUGUACAACAAUGGCUACCUACAAGCUCCUGACGGUGAACUAUUGUGUAUCUGUGACAAUAGGAAGGGAAUGUGGUUCGUGAACAAAGGCCUGGCAGAUUUGAUCAAGGAGGAUCCUCUCACAGUCCGCCUGAAGUUCGAGCCCGCCGGCCGAGCGGUCGGUGACGUCGGCCGCUACUACCAACUGGAGAAGGAGAACAAAUGCGUUGUUUGUGCUAGCACUAAUCACUGCAUCCGUAAGAACGUCGUGCCCAGAGAGUAUAGAAAACUAUUCCCUGAAAUCAUGAAGGAGCAUUCUUCUCACGACGUGGUACUGUUAUGCGCUGAGUGCCAUCAAAUGAGUAAUAUUCGUGACCAGCAUAUGCGCGUUAGUCUAGCAGAGAAAUGCAAUGCACCACUACCGUCCAGUUCCAAGGACAGAUUCAUUGAAGACAUGGCUGCUAAGAAAGUAAGGUCAGCAGCGCGCGCGUUAUACCAUGCGAACGAGAAGCUGCCGGAGGACAGGCGCAAGGAGUUAGAAGACAUCCUGCUGCAGCAUUAUCCUGACCAGGAAGAGAUCACAUUGGAACUGCUAAAGGAAGCCUGUAAUAUAACUGUCGUCACAGAGAAUACAGACUAUGAAUCGCACGGUAUUAAAGUAGUAGAUUACUAUUUUAAACGUUCAAGUUUGCUCAAAUUGGAACAAGAAUGGCGCGAACACUUCUUGAAGAAUAUGAAACCUAAAUAUAUGCCUGCUUUAUGGUCCGUCAAACAUAACGAAGAGAGGUUACGAGUGAAAUGGGACGAGGGCCGACUGACCCGAGAAGAUAUGAGAUCAAUUGGAUUGACAACAUUUUAAAUUUUUAUAUUUAUUACAUGAAUUUAUGUUUCACAUAUUCAUGUGUCCAAAUAUUUGGGCCAAUGUUUGACGAAUAUUUGAUUUGUUUUCGUCCGGAACUUGGUUUAUUGGCUAUAUCUGAGUGACGGAACGCGUGAGAACUGUAUACGAAUACGAAGAAUUGCUCAUAAGUGAGUAAAUAGGUGUUAAGAAGAUAAAUAAAAAGUUUUUAAAUUACUGUAUUUGUAUAUAAUAUAAUAGGGUAGAUGACUUACUUUUAUU